AUGGCGCAGUAUUUCUUCGACCUGCUCUACAAUUUCACAGAUUGCAUGUGCUGCUUUCCCAGCACGCCGCAACUUAAGAUCAACAAUCGUAGCUUCAAGCUAUUGCGACUUUUGGGCGAGGGUGGUUUCUCGUACGUCUAUCUCGUGCAAGAUAAGACAAGCUCGGAAUUGUUCGCGCUUAAGAAGAUCCGCUGUCCGUUCGGUCAAGAAUCCGUGUCGCAAGCGCUGAAGGAAGUCGAGGCCUACGGUCUAUUUACGUCACACAAGAACAUCAUUCAUGCAAUCGAUCACUGCGUCUCGACAGAAUCGGGGUCGAAGUUUCGAUCGGAUGGCGGCGAACCCGGUUCCAAGACCGUCUAUAUCCUCCUUCCCUAUUACCAGCGGGGUAAUCUGCAAGAUGCGAUCAACGCCAAUUUAGUCAAUCAUACUCGAUUCCCGGAGAAGCGGCUUAUGGUGUUGAUGCUCGGGGUGGCUCAAGCACUGAAAGCGAUGCAUCAGUAUCGAGUGCAGAGUGGAUCUGCGUCUACCCGUCAGGCCAAGGCGGUCCGACGAGAAGGAGAGGAAGCAGACAACGCGAGAACGAUGCAGAUGAAGCCAAAGCGACGAGCAGGCCAUACCGCAGAUGAGGAGGACGAGGAGAACGAGCCGUUGAUGGAUGACGAAGUCACACAAAGUCAGGAGGGUGUGCAAGAGGGUGGGCUACGCCCGUAUGCGCAUCGCGAUAUCAAGCCUGGCAAUAUUAUGAUCGAUGACGAUGGCCAAAAUCCUAUCCUCAUGGAUCUCGGCUCGCUCGCACCAAGUCCUAUUGCCAUCACUUCUCGAUCUUUGGCCUUGGCCGUACAGGACACGGCCGCGGAGCACAGCACCAUGCCGUACCGCGCCCCAGAACUCUUCGAUGUCAAAACGGGCUCCAUCAUCGAUACCAAGGUAGAUAUCUGGUCCCUUGGCUGCACACUCUACGCCUGUCUGGUGGGCAAGAGCCCCUUUGAGGCCCGCAGCGAUGAGACCGGCGGCAGUCUCAGUAUGUGUGUUCUGGGUGGUGACUGGCGGUUUCCCGACGAAAAGUCGGGCGCAACAAAGGGCAAGGCCAAGGUCGGUGGCGACGCAGACGCUGGAUCCAGCAGCAGCGAGCAAGUUAUCAGCGAACCAGUCAAGGAGAUCGUUCGCAGAUGUCUGCAGGUUGAACCUGCAGAUCGACCGGAUAUCGAUGAAUUAAUCCAGAUGAUGAAAGAUAUGAUCAGUGAGCUGCCGGACGAUGAUGGAAUUGCGUAG